AUGCCUACUCCGAAGAAUUAUCGCGAGUCGCGCGACCACAGUCGAGGCGGUCACGUCAACUCAAGAGGUAGUAAUCGGCGCCCUCAGGUGUUGAAUGCGGCAGUUCCAUCAAGAAGACGGGUUAUUCCGCCUAUUAGAUCGCCACGGAUGCGUGCCGACCUGUUGGCAGCAGCGCAGGAAGUCCAGGCAUCUGCGGCUGAGAAGGUCGUAAUGGAGGCACCGGUUACCGAAACCACGGCCGUUCAGGUUCAGACAGACCCCGGCGUGGCAUCAAGCACGUCUGGACAGAACGAAGCAUCGGGGUCCCCAUCUGUCAGCGAGCCUUCAGAUCCGGACCCAGCUUCUCAGCAAGUCCAAAUCUGGACUGGCAGCCUGUCUGAGGGUGUGAGGCAGGUCACGAUGCUGGUCACCAAAUCCAAGCCCGGCAGGACCGACGUCAGCGCGGACCAACUCAAGCUCUAUCAGGAGUCCGCGAGAGCCUUCUUCUAG